AUGAUGGCCAGAUGUAACCGCAUGGGCUGGGAGGCAGUAAAGGACACUUGGAGAGUGGUCUGGAAGCGGCUGGAGGCUGCGAAGCACGGCUGGUCCGUGGUCACCGGACCCAUCUCAGCCAUGUGUCAAUACCUCCGCGACCUCCAGGUCGACGGCCACGAUCCUUCCCGCUGGGUUUUUGAGGAACGUGUUCUUGAGAUCAAGCCUUCUGAGGUUUCGGUUGUCUGUCAAACCUCGUCCUUCCUCACGGACAUCAUCAAGACCCAGAGGUCUCGUCGCAUGGGAUCGGCGGGUGCUGGUGGCGGGGUCGACUGGACGGUCCCGCGUCGCCUGCUCAAGUCAGUGCGCACCAAAACUACCCGGUACGCUUAUCGGGCGGUUUUCCAAGUGGUGAUUCCGGAACCACCUUGCGCCACCUCAUGUAUGAGUGCCCUUCCUUCCCUGGUGGCAUGCGGUUACCGGGGUACGUUCUGGCGGAGAAGCGCCGUUUCCCUGAGGACUGCCUGCGGCUUCGGGGUAUGCUUCCCCUUAAAUACCUCCCAGUCGCUCCCUCGGGGGACCUAG